CACCACUCGCGGAAGGAGAGGAGGGAAUGGAAUGGAUGGUGGGGCGAGAUCGGCGGCGGGCGUUCCCAAACCGCCAUCCAUUCAGAGAGAGGAGAGAGAGGGAGGGAGCAGGGCCAGGAUUUGCGGGCACAAAUAGCAUACCAAUCCCUCUCCCCUCCCCCGCUGGAAGGUCUAGACCAAAGCAAAGGAAGGAAGGAGGAGGAGGCUGGAUUGGAAACCCUAUUUCCAAUUCCUCCCUCCUCUCUCCCUCAAUCCCCUCCCUCCUUCGAUCCCUCUCUUGCCCGGCGACAGCAAGCCGCGCGCCGGAGGAGGGCCAAGAAGCGUUCUUUGGACGGGUCGGCCGGCGGCGGGAAGGAAGGCGGCGCUUCCCCCCGCGGAUGCGCGCGUUCCAUGGGCGUCCAGACACCGCUGACUGCCUUCUUCUCGUAGCGCGCGCGUCGAGGAGGGUCGGGCGGGGAGGGCGACGGGACGAGGCGGGCGAGAGGGGUCGGGAGGAGCCAGCGCCAUAGCUCCCUCUUCUUUGAUGGGCAUUCCGUUCCAGCUCCAAUCCCAACAGGGAAUGCACCAAGCGAAGGCCCUACUAGCAGAAAAUAAAAUAAUGAUCAAAAAGGAAUCUUCUCCAUCUGAACCCGUUGGGGGGGAAAAACCUGUCAAAAAUGCAUCCACUCCGAAGCCAAAUAUGGCAACUGCUGCCAAGGUUAAUGCUAUGGUCGGAAAUAGGACAUGGUUUGGAGGGCUUUUUAAUGGCUCGGGUAAAAGGCGUCAAGUCAGUGCCGACAAGAACUUUGAAAUGACCCCUCUUCAGGAACAGCGGAUGCAAAAAUUAAAGGAUAGGCUAAACAUUCCUUUCGACGAGACCCGACCGGAUCAUCUGAAAUCCCUUAAGGCUCUUUGGAAAAUUUCCUUUCCCGAGACAGAGCUCACAAGCUUAGUUUCCGAACAGUGGAAAGAUAUGGGUUGGCAGGGCCCAAAUCCUGCUACUGAUUUCAGGGGCUGUGGUGUUGUCUCGCUUGAGAAUCUUUUAUUUUUCGGAAGAAGAUACCCGGCUUCUUUCCAGAAAUUGUUGCUGAAAACACAAGGAUUGCGAGCCACAUGGGAAUACCCCUUUGCGACAGCAGGCGUUAACGUCUCACACAUGUUGAUCCAACUGUUGGAGCUUAAUUCAGCGCGGCCAAAAACUUUGCCGGGGAUUAACUUCGUCAAAAUGUUGUCCGAGCACGAAGAGGCGUUCGACAUCCUGUACUGCAUUGCCUUCGAGAUGAUGGACGCUCAGUGGCUAGCGAUGCGCGCCUCCUACAUGCAGUUCAAUGAUGUGCUGGAGGCAACGAAGGCGCAGCUGGAGAGGGAGCUCUCUCUGGAGGACCUCCAGCGGAUCCAGGACCUGCCGGCUUACAACCUUUUGUUGAAAUGAAAUAGGCUUGAGAGAAAAAAGAAAAGAAAUAUAAACCUGGAAAAUGUAUGUUGGUUUCCUUCUCUCCUGUGUAAACUGAUGAUUAAACAGGCAGAGUUUUGCUAUGAAAUCCUGCGAUGUUUUCGGCAUCACAGCCUCUCUCAA